AUGAGCUGGGUGCGCGAGCGCACACGCUCCAAGGCGUCUGUCGCCUCGUCUGUCUCACCCACGAGCUCGGCGAUGGGCUUGUCUGUCCCCUCUGCGUCCACUCCUGCUCAUCAUCACCAGCAGCAGCAGGACAGCAACUUCAACCUCAAUCCUUCCGACACGUCCGCAGAGAACAGCACGACGAGAGACGCGUCGCAACACAUACCCGCCGCCGCGUUCCGCGAGGCGCAGACGCGCCGCUCGCGCGCGGCUUCUCCGGCGUUUGACACGGCGCCGGCGCCGGGGAGGCAGCAGCUGCUGUCGCCUGUGGCAACUUGA